UUGAAACUAACAUAACAAGUUUGUUGCUCAAAAAAACAUAACAAGUUUACAAAAGAGAGAAAAAAUGGUGAGUUUGGAAACUACUCCUGCUCUUCAGCUCCCGGUCAUUGACUUCACAAGUCCAAACUUAAAACCAGGAACAGUGGAGUGGGACUCAGUGAGAGGCGAUGUCCGGAGAGCUCUAGAAGAGUAUGGAUGCUUUGAGGCCUUGUACGAUAAAGUUCCUGUCCAACUUCGCGAGGCGGUUUUCAAUGUUUCUGAGGAGGCUUUCCAGCUACCUUUAGAGACUAAACAGAGAGUUGUGUCAAAAAGAAAAUACAGAGGAUAUGUAGGUCAGAUUCCAACUUUACCUCUUUUUGAAGUCAUGGGCGUUGACUUUGCAGAAAAUGAAGAUAAAGUAAACGAAUUCACUCAUAAGCUCUGGCCUCAAGGCAAUGCAAGUUUCAGCGAGGCAGUCAUGUCAUUCACGGAGAAAGUAUCAAAACUUGACUUAAUGACCAGAAGAAUGAUAAUGGAGAGUUUUGGGAUCAGUGAAAACUACAUAGACAAACAUUUGAAGUCGACGAAAUGCCUCAUGAGAAUGAUGAAGUACCAAGGAGUUGAAGAAGAAACAUUGGAAGAGUUGGGUAUGGAAGUUCAUACAGACAGAAACAUGCUCACCAUACUUUGCCAGAACGAUGUAAAAGAUGGUCUCGAGGUAAGGGCUAGAGAUAAUAAGCACUGGAUUAAAGCCAAUCCUUCCCAGGAUUCUUCGUUCAUUGUUCUUGGCGGAGCUACACUACAUGUACUUCUGAAUGGUCGGGUGGUUACGGGUGUUCACCGAGUGAUGAGGACAGGAACUAAAACAAGAUUCUCAGCUGGAUUGUUCUCUGUUCCUAAAAAGGACCAUUUGAUAUAUGCACCAGAUGAAAUCGUUGAUGCUGAGCAUCCUCGCUUGUUUAAGCCAUUUGAUUUUGAAGCGUACUUUCAGUUUACCACUGAGGGACCUGGAAGGAGAGAUCUAGCUGCACUCAGGACAUAUUGUGGCCUUUGAGCAUUAAAAAUAACGUCUGUCCUCAAAAAUAAGAAGAAACUUUUAUGAUUUGCUUUUCAGUCGUCUCCACCUUUCCAUGUAAACCUAUCUCCAUCAGAAUAAUAUAAAUAAACUUUCACUUUUAAGAUUAUAUUGAGAUCACAUAAGGUUCAUACUACUGAUCGUGACGUUUUUUCUUCUUUAAUCAAUCAUCAAUCACAUGGAGAUAUAUUUCUUGAGAUUCUUACAUUUUAUCUAUUGUUGUUAAUGUGAUAAUAAUGUGUGAGGAGCGCUCAAAUU